CUGAUGAAUUCUCUGUCUCCUCUUCGUUCCAGUAUUCUGUCAUUGUUGGAAUCAUCCUUUUGGUUGAAAUCGUUGCCGUUAUCCUUGCUGCUGUCUACUACGAUCAGACGAAAAAAGAAAUGGCCGCAUAUCUAAAUCUUACGAUCAUCGACAAAUACUACGGCACUCCAUUUACCUCUGAGCCGCUGUCUCUUGCCUGGGACUUUCUACAUAUCACAUUCUCCUGCUGCGGUCUUGACAACUACACCGAUUUUGACUCUGCCACCAACUGGAACAAAACUUCUGCUGCCGGCUCCAUGGUUAUACCGCCAUCUUGUUGUAAAGUCCAGGACGCGAGCACCUUCCCAACGUUUACGUUGACCGACACUAACUGUCCGUACAGUCCUUCCACGACCAACUCAAACUACCAGACUACUUGCUACGCUUCGCUGAUGAGCUACGUCCAGACUUACUCCAUCGCAAUAAUAGCUGUAACAUCAUCCGUGGCCGUCCUGCAACUAAUCGUCAUCAUAGCUGCAUGUUGCCUCUGUCGGGCCAUUGGAGGGGACUCAGAUACACGCGCCUAAUUCUAACAGAGAAGCUUCCGCAUCUAACAGUGAACUCAUAACCGCAUUCACCAAUUUCCGAAAUCAAAAUCACCCGUCGGGAACUAACACCAGAUA